AAGCCACACAGCAUUCACCUGGCCGAUUCGCAGACACAGGCGCUCGCUUUACCUCGAGACCAGCCUCCACAGGGCCUACGCGACGCAGUAGAGCGACGGGCGAUGGCUUUGUGUAUCCCCGAGUCGUCACAGAACGCGUCGGCUGCAUCGAGUGUGACCAGCACGAGCGACAGCACCAAUCCGUUCGGCCGCCGGCUGCUAACGAGUGUCGCCAGCUCCGCAAAUGCAAGCGACGAUGGCUACGUGCAGCUCGAUACCGAGUUCCCUGGAGCUGUGGCCGUCUCCACAGCCGUUAACGCGCUGUCCCUGCUAGGCUUCGCCUUUAUUCUCACCACAUACCUGCUCUUCCCACCCGUGCGCAAGCAGCACUCGUCGCUGCUCGUGUGGGUUGCGCUAAUGGGCAUGCUAUUCCACGGGACCGUGCUGGCUCAGACGUCCGCAACUUACGGUACUUGCUGCACCACGGCCCCCGUGGUCCAGCUCGCGCUACUCUCGCAUGAACUCUACUUCUUCGCGCUGGCGUUCAACUUUUACUUCACUACCAAGUUCCCCUUCCGGUCAUCGAGGUGGCUCAACCCAAUCUACCACGUGGUGGUCUGGGGCACUAGUGUGGCUGUUACGAUCGUAGCCUGGCAACUGGGAACAGGCAGAGUCAGCUCCUACGGGUACUGCUGGUACGCAGCUGAGGACGACAGCGACAAUAACGAUGGCGAGUUCAUCUUGCUGGAAAUCUUCUUCAUCCCUGUCUGUGCCGGAUACUGUGUGAGCAUCGGCUGCUACAUUCUAGCCACCAAACGUGUUCGACUCACCAUGGGUGGGAACUCGAAAACCCGCACGAAUCUGGACUCAAUGCGCAGUUUCUUGUUCUGGAGCUUUUCACUCUGGAUGGUCGUGACGAUCCCCUACAUCUUGCGGCAUCGCAAUGUGGUCACUACAAACUCAGAUGGGGAGAAAGCUAUUCGUUUCUUAGGACGCUUGGCGAUCGCUUUUCUGGGUACAGGCAGCGCGAUACUAUGGACGAAAUCCAUGGGCGUACUAAAUACAUUUAAGCUAUGGCGUCAACGGAACUGGGACGACUACUUCAAAGUAUACGAUGCCUCGUGGGUGCUUCGUCGCGAAAUCUUGUACUUUGCUACGAAAGGAAUCCAGCUGGGUGCGAGCAGCGCUAAGGGAAUACCUGAAAACGAGAGUAUCAACCCGAAUGUCGAGUCGAUCUUCUCUUUCACACAGAGGUCAGGUAUUUUCCCGUGGCAGUUACGACUUGGUGCCGUAUCACAGGCUCCAAGUGUGCUGUCAUUCGAGCUGGACGGUGCUACAUCCGGCCAGAAGGCGAUCUUCCGUGACUUUGAACCUGAGGUCUUCCACGAAAUUCGACGCAUGUCUGGCAUUACUCGCGAAAGCUAUAUCCAAUCGUUCAAGGGGAGUACACGCGAGCGUUUCAGUGAAGGCAAGAGUGGUUCCUUCCUCUAUUACACGGGUGACCAGACUUUCAUCCUCAAGACAUGCACCCCAGCAGAGCAGAAGUAUCUCCUGUACAUCUUACCCCAGUACAUGGCUCACCUCCGUCGCAACCCGAACAGCUAUCUCUGUCGCUAUGUGGGCUGCCAUGAACUGGUGAUGGAGCAUCACUCAGUUUUGUUCAUCGUGCUGACGAACAUUCUAAACAACCCAACUGUGAACAUUGACGAGCUCUACGAUCUCAAGGGCGCGUGGGUUGGUCGUCACCGAGGUGAUUCACCUAGUGGAACUCAGCGUGUUUGCAAAUUUUGUGGCCGUGAUUUCGUGGUGGGUAUGUCCGAGGAGGUGUGCUCUCAGAACCCAAAUGCUGGGUUCGGGCAUGCGGAGUUUGUCGUAGGAAAAGAUCUGAACUGGUCGUGUCGUCGCCUUGGUCUUCCCACUGAUGUUGCUGAGCAGUUAGGCAGUCAAUUAUAUGCCGACACUGAAUUUUUGCAGCGUAUGAACUCGAUGGACUACAGUCUAGUGAUUGGCUUGAGUCGGCAUAAAUCAAUCUCGACGUCUAGUGGUGGUGGAACAGUACUCUCACGGAGCGGUGGCCCACCUGUGAAGGGAAAGCUAUUUGUUGGUGGGAACAGCAGUGACGAGGCAGGCUAUUUGGAAUCGCUGAGCCCUAAUGGUGCUACACUUCAAGGACUUAGCCGCCCUAGGGGAAACCUAACGACAUUCUCUGCGGACGCGUGCGUCGUGAACAUGGGUAUCAUUGAUAUUUUGACUCCCUGGUCGUUCAAGAAGAGCCUAGAGCGCUGGGUACGCGUGCGACUGCAGUGUCGUGACGCGAAGGGAAUUUCGUGCAUGAAGCCCAUUCCUUAUGCCGACCGCUUCCGUCGUAACGUGAUUGACACCGUCAUCUUCGGUCGUCGUCUAGGUUCUAAGAGACGUCAUCCAGAAAAGCAGCAAGGAGAGUCGAUUAUGGUGGAUUUUACGAGCAUGUCCAUGGACGUGAAUUUCUCUAUGGACAUCGCGAAUUUGUCAAUGGAUACGACGUCAAACCUCUCCAUGGAGAUAUAGAACUCCAUGUCUGUCACAAGCUCCGUACAACAUCCACACACCGCAGCGGAAUGCUGCCACUGCCACUGCCACGAUUCUCGACCGUCGUUGGAUGGGAUUUACUGAAGACUAACGCAGUAGACCGUGAGCACGCAGGUCAUGGUCGCGUUCUCCCAUCGAAUCGACACGCUUCCUGAAAUCCAGAGGACAAACAUGUAAAUAACUGUGUCAAUCGAUGCAGUCCAGGCUAUUGCGUCGACAUCCAGUACUCACCGUCGCGUUCAGCGUCCCAGAAGCACGACGAGUUGGUGUGGUAUCCAGCGUUUCUCUUCUGCAGGAUCGUGCAGUUCACUGUAGCAGCCCAACACAUGGGCUUUUGUUAGCUUGCGUACGUACUCAAUUUUACCCGUAACUAUUUAACACCAUUGCAAACAUCUAUCAAAGCGUAGCCCUGAUACAUGCAUGCAUCAAUUACC